AUGGCAACUGCAAGAGAUACAAUGACUACCGAUGAUACAGCUGCUGGCACUAAUAAUAACAACAACAAUAAUUAUUCGGCUAGUAAUCUAGAUAUUGACCAGCAAACACAACAGCAACAAGUUGAUAUAGAAAAAGAAAUUGCUGAACAUCAACCGUUAAUCGGUGAAAAGAUUGAAACAAGCGAAUUGAAAAAGGAAUAUCUCUCCGAAGAUAAGAUUUAUCAAGAUAAAAUCUCGGAAUUAAUUAAAAGAUAUAAAUACAUUCGUCGUACACGUGGUGAUGGAAACUGUUUCUAUCGUGCAUUUGGCUUUGGUUAUCUCGAAGAGAAUCUCAAUAAAUGCAAAGAACUGGACAAAUUCCGUCAAUUGACCUAUGAUUUAAAAGAUAAGCUUGUUCAAUUAGGUUAUCUAGAUUUCACGGUUGAAGAUGUCAGGGAUGUCGUUCUUGAAAUAAUCGAUGGUGCACGAAAAGAUGGAAAUGAAAUCGGUUUGAUGGAAAGUUUCUGUUCAUCAUCCCGUUCCGAUUAUUUUGUUGCAUAUUUACGUUUAUUUACAUCGGCUUAUUUACAAAUGAAUUCGGAUUUUUUCGAAAAUUUCAUCGAAGAUGGAAAAACUGUGAAACAAUUCUGCAGCACUGAAGUCGAGCCUAUGGGCCGUGAGUCCGAUAACAUUCAUAUCACUGCUUUAGCUAAAGCAGCAGCGGUUCCGUUACGUGUGAUCUAUAUGGAUCGAAGUGAACAAUCUUCAUUAACAACCCAUGAUUUUGCCGCCAAUGAUGAUGAGAAUCCACAUACGUUCAAACCGAUGAUUACAAUGCUUUAUCGACCUGGUCAUUAUGAUUUACUCUAUGAACAUUGA